AUGAAGAUCAGAAGACAGAAAUCUCAUCGUAAAGUUAUGCGUUUCUACCAAACCGUGUUCGGCUUCCAAGAGCCGUACAGGGCGCUCAUCGACGGCACCUUCAUAAACGCCGCGUUGAAGUCGAAGGUUCAUAUUAAAGAGCAACUGCCAAAACUCUUGGGAGGCCGGACAACUCCGGUUGUGACGGAAUGUGUCUAUCAAGAGCUUCGAGAUUUGGGCGCUGACUUUUCUGGAAGUGCCAUUAUUGCUCGGGGUUAUUACCGACUCAAAUGCGGUCACUCGAAAGGAGAAUGCUCAGCAGCAGAUUGUAUUGUGAAACAGUUAGGAUCGAACAACCCGAAACAAUAUUUAGUGUGCACUCAAGACAAGGCCUUGAGAGAGCGUAUACGGAGGGUUCCAGGAGUAGGAUUGAUACUUCUUCAUGGUGGACAGGUCCCAAUAGUGGAGCAACCGAGUAAAGCCUCCUUGGAAGUAGCAGAGAAGCAGGAAAACG